UCCUCACUUCCGCCUUCUAAUCUUGGUUAGGAUAAAAUUUACUGAAAUUAUUUGAUUUUUAAGCAUUAGAAACCGACGAAAUCGGACAGGUUUUGUACGCAGGCAGUGUCUCGUGAAAUUCUGCACAAAGAAGAUGAUUGUGAGGAAGCUGCUGAAGACCGUUCUCAGUGUGGAACAAGCGGAGGGAGUCGGCGCUCGGGUCCGAAGGAGCAUUGGUAGGAAGGAACUAAGCAACUUGGAUCCUUUCCUGAUGCUGGAUGAGUUUAAGGUGGUCAAGCCGGCAGGUUUUCCAGACCAUCCUCACAGAGGAUUUGAGACGGUCACGUAUGUUUUGGGGGGAAUCACAGCCCAUGAGGACUUUUGCGGUCAUUCUGGACGUCUGAUGCCUGGAGAUUUACAAUGGAUGACAGCAGGACGGGGGGUGGUCCAUGCUGAGAUGCCUGUGUCAGAGGAGCCAGUGGUGGGACUGCAGCUGUGGGUGAACCUCCGAAAACAAGAAAAGAUGAUUGAACCAGCAUACCAGGAGCUUAAAAGCUCGGAGAUCCCCAAACGCAGCCAGGGUGGGGUCACGGUCGCCGUGAUAUCCGGAGAAGCACUGGGAGCAAAGUCUAAGGUUUACACAAGAACACCAACCUUGUAUUUGGACUUCAAGCUGCAGGCCGGGGCCAUGCAUGUGCAGCCAGUCCCCUCUGGAUGGACCACCUUCAUUUAUACUCUCUCUGGAACUACUCAUGUUGGCUCAGAUCAGGACCAGCAGCCGGUGGGGCCUCAUCACACUGUGGUGUUUGGAGAUGGUGAUUGUGUCAGGUUUGAAAACAAGGGCUCUGAAGUUUCUCAUUUUGUGCUGAUUGCUGGAGAACCGAUCAACGAGCCGGUGGUACAACAGGGUCCGUUUGUAAUGACCACUCAGGAGGAGAUCCACCAGGCCAAGAUGGACUUCUAUAAUGGCACAAAUGGCUUUGAAAGAGCCAAACACUGGAGGUCCAAAAUCAGAGAUUCUUUUUAAGCAAUGCAGCUCUUUAUACAGGUUGUUUCUGUCUUGCACAUGGGGAUGGAUUGGAGAGUGUUGUGAUAUUUUAGUACAAACCUGAUGUACAACAACAACAAAAAAGACACUGAUUUAGAGCUUUAAAUAUACUUAUACCUAAUCAUAAUGCUUUACACGGGUAUCUUUCUUAUGAUGUUUGUAGUUACAGAAAUAAUAUAUACAAUACUAUAUUUUUGUGUUUUUAAGUGGGUACAGAAAUACAUGUAAUUUAGGUUUGAGCUGCUAUGAUUUCUUGAUUAAUUGUAAGCUGUGGUGUGUUUUUUUUCAGUAGGAUUUCCUCUGUCUAUCCUCCUCCACCGCUUUCCUUUUCCAUCUUUGUGACCUUCAACCCCAAACUUUUCACUUCUAUUUUUGUCAUAAUUAUCUUGACUGCUAGAUGGCGCCAUUAACACAAACUGCAAGUGCUGCAUUGAGAUGUUUGUACAAACCGGCUUUAUCAUAGUGGAAGGAAUGUCUCUUAUUUUGCUAAAAAAAAGAAUAACACAGCAGUAAUAUAUGUUCUUAACCAGCACUUUAGAAAUGGAGAUUAGCACAUAAGCUGAGAUGGUGUCAUGUGCUUAUGCUAGGCGCCUUCAGAGACUUAGUUUAUUUAAAAAAAAAAGAAAAAGGAUUUUAAAUUCUGUUUCGAGAAUUUGUGGCGUAAAUUCAUCCUUGUGGAUGUAUAACCCCUGCAAGAUGGUGCUAAUUAAAGCAUGUUUUCCUGAAGGAGAGUGUUUAGUCGCUGCUACUGGGAUAUAGUUCCUAUUGAUUAAUUCAUCUUCACUGAAGUUACCAAAGCAACCACAUAGGAAAAUUUCCCUGGUGACACUUGUUAGAUAUUUUAACACAAGGUUUGGCAAAAGACUAAUUUUUAAUGGAUAAUAAGCACUUUGUUUGCUCUCCUUUAUUUUAUUGACUCACUACAGGUUUGCUCUGUGUAUUCCAUCUUCCCUUUGAAGCUGAUGUGUGUUACCUAAAGCAUACGAGUAAUAAAAGUUAAGAAGAAGUUUACAUAUUAUUAAACUCAUCAUUUUAGGACAUAAGGUUCUCCAGCAUUGUACAUUUGAAAAUGUAAAUCUUUUGAAGACUGUCUUGAUUGGACAAGUAUAACGAUCAUAUUUUUCCAUCUUCAAAUAUUGAAAACUACAGACUACACAGCUUACAGAUGCCAUAGAUUUGUUUGUUGGUGGUGGUGGUGCAUGUCUUGCAAAUUAAAUACUAAACUUAAUGUGUUGGUAAGGGUUAGUGGAUAGGAUGUCUGGGAGACGGGUGUGGUGCUGGUUUCUUACUUCCCAUCAUGUCUGGAUCACAUUUAAAACACGUGUUCCCGCUCAUAGUCAGGGUCAUGCAAGUCUAGAGAGAAAAGAAAGGUGAAAGGUUUAGCAGGCAGAUGAUCUGUCAACUUGAUACAAAGGUUUGAAUAACAGAAACAAGAAUCACAAGUUAAGAUAAAUCUUGAUGCUGUAAGACUGUCUUUGUAAAACUAGGUAGAUUUUGUUGUUACAAAACAACAAAAUCUUGUAUUAGUUUAUAAACUUUAUUAGUUUACUAAAAUAUUAUUAGUUUAUUUUUUAUUAAUAGUAAAUUACAUAUUGCCUAAUAGGUCAUUAUUAAUAACCCUAAUAAUUAUUUAAUAAUUAUUAGGAUUAUUAAAUAACCCUAAUAAUUUAGGGUUAUUUUUAUUACCCUAAAAGUAACCUUAGGGUUAUUUUUCCAUAAAAAUCAAAGCUGCCUGAAGUAGCAUAGCCAUAAAGUUCUAAGUCCUGAAACAUACACUAAUAGUAAAGAGCAUUUUUGCACUGCCUCGUUGUCUAACAGGAAAUCUCAGUUUAUUCAUCAAAGCUUUAGCAGGACUGCCUUGGUUUAAAGCCCAUCUCUCCAUUUGGCUCAAACAAACACGGAGGAAGGAAGGUCUUUGUUUAAUUCUCAAUUAAACUUUAAUUCUCAGUUUAAUUUUAGUUUUAGCAUGAGAACCUUCCUGCAGUAGUGUGACGUGGCGUUUUGUGGGUUUCUCACACUCUUGAACCUGAGCUUUCAAAGUUCAUUUAGAUGGGUGCCAGGAAAAAAAUGCUUCACCAGCUCAGCACAUUUAGUGUGUUUUUGCUAGUGAAAAAACGCUGGUGAGCAAUUAGACAUUUUACAUAGAAAUGACCAUGUAAAUUUAUUUUAAGCCUUUCAUAUUUUUAUUUUUUUAAUAUAAGGUUCAUUGCAGUUAUUGAUUUUGAUUGUCAUAUUUUUACUAUCUUAACUUUUAAUGUGUAAAAAUAAAUAUGCAGAUUUUUUUUUCCACAAAACUAUUUACUAUGCAAAAAAAAAAAAAAAAAACGGUAUAAAUAGUUUCAUUUUCUGUUCUUCUUAUUUGAAGGUGACUGAAACAGUUUUCAGUCACCUGAAAACUGCUCCUUUGCCAAUUGGUCAAAGGAGCAGAAAAUAAAGUUUAGGUUUAGGUUUUACAUCCAAUCUUGUGUAACAAAAGCAGACCAAAUGUAACACAGGCGGACAAGAAGUUCUAUGAUUAUAUUUUUAAAAUACCAUCUAUAGCUCAGUAGAGGAAAAUGUGCUUAUUGCAAGGACCCUCAAAAAAACGUCCGCUGACGUGGGGUUAAGAGCAUACUGUAACUCAACGUGAUACUGCAGUAUGUCAAACAAAAAAAAAGUCUUAUAGAGGACAGUCAGGUGUACUGAAAGGGUCGUCGGAGUUCCUCUUCCCUCUGGCACAGAACUUUUCCAGAGCCGCUGCAGAAGGAGGACACAGAAUAUCGUUACACUCUCUCAAUAAACUAUUGGAACUGCUGCAGACAUGAUACCCAGUGGAAGUCCACAACGGCAUGACUACUGCAGUCCUUUAAAAACAAUGACAUUAUUUAACUUGGUUUUGUUAACUUACCAAUCAACGAGGGCACUACCACAGAAAAAGAUGAUGAAAAAUAGGCAAAACGUGCCACAACCAAAUACGGACGGCUUCUAUUAUGUUUUCAUUUGCACGUGGCUCCCUUAAUAAUAUCUGCACUCUCCUCACAUCUCUUGCUAAGUGUCUUGGCACCGGUACAUCAAACUGUUCCUGCACAUGCCUCUCUACAAGUCCUUGCAUAAAAAUCCACGCAGAAUCCUCCAUAAUCUGACAAAUAAUGUUUUUUGAGUCAGAAAACCGUUAAAACCAGCUGAUACUGGCUGCCAGGAAGGUGACUGAAUAAAGUAUGUAAAUGAGAAAAUGUAGCUGAAGUCACCUAGCACCGAUGUUUGUAGUGUGUUUUAUUUACUUUUAAACUUUAUUUAGAACUGUUAACUCUUCUAAAUAAAGAGAUUCUGGUUCGAAUCUAACCAGAAUAAUUAGGUUGGAUUCGAUUUAUCCGUUGCACAGGAUUUCAUUUCAUUUCACCAUGAGGCUGGUGAAGCCACAUGGAGAAAGAGAAUAAUCCCAAUCUGAAUUGGGAUUAUUCAAUUUUUUUAAAUUGGAUCCACUAAUCCUUACCUAGUUUUACGAAGACAGUCUUACAGCAUCAAGAUUUAUCUUAACUUGUGAUUAUUCUUUAAUUUGAAGAAAAGAAUAAUCCCAAUUUGUUUCAAAUUGGGAUUAUUUAUGGUUAAUGAGGACAUACUUUGCUUGGCGGGUAAAUGUUCAUGUAUGAUUAUUUCUUUACUGUGUCUUUUAAAACCUGGUGAAGAAGAAAUGCACUUCUUAUAUUUCUUGACUGGCAUUUGAUAACCUGUGGCAUCGUCUGGCAGUUGUCUCAGGUACACUUGAAAAAUAAACAUGUUUCCAUUGCUUCUGAGUA